UGCCAUUUUCUCUCUCUUCGCUCCAAUAAUCACAGCACCAAUAGAGAGAGAGAGAGAGAGAGGAACCCACUUCAUCGUUUCGCUUUCUAGGAAAGCUUAUAGAGAAAGCGUGUGCUGGUGUUUGCCUCCAGAGAGAGAGGAGUGAGGGGGAUAAAGAAGAAGAAGCAAAAGAAGAGUGAUGAUGAUUAUGAGGCAGCAAAUAACAACACAAAGGAAAAUACACAACAAAGGAAGAAAGAUACAAAAAUACAGAUAGAGAGGGAGAGAGAGUGUGUGUGUGUGUGUGUGUGUCUGUGCGUGGUUAGCUACUGAAGGGUCGUUAUUGCAUUUCUUGCCACUUUUUUCUUAUUUCUUAUAUUUAUUUUGGCUUUUGUUUCUUCUUAUCACUUAUCAGUCUAUCUUCUGCUUCUGCUGCUCCUCGCAGCUCUGUCUGCCACAAUCCAAAAUCUCUCUUAUCCUCCUCAGAGAAACUCAGUCAUCUCUCCCUCUCGCAUACCCAAAGGCCAAAACUACCUCUUUUUUUUUUUGCCAUCUCAGAAAAGCCAAACUGACAGUUGGGUGUGCUGUGAUUAUAUUUUGUUGUAUAAACAGAAACCCACCGCCCAAAACCAGCAGCCAGCAGAACCUUCCAGCAAUGGCAGCCAUCCCAGAGUCCUACUUAGAGAAAUAAAAGGAAGCGAAGCCCACCAUCCCCAACAAACAAGAUCUCUCUUUCACUCUCUCUUCUGAUACAAUUUCAGAGUUUUUUUUUUUGACCCCACCUCUUCACUUACAUAACACCUACAUACAUAUGCAUCCAUAGAUGUACCACUCUCUCUCUCUCUCUCUUUCUCUCUCUCUUAUCUAUUUACUGUCAUAGAAACACAGCGUAGUGUUGGAAUUUUAGAAAUUAUAUAACAAAUAUUUGAAUGUAUAUAUAAAGAUUGUGUCUUUCUUAAAUAAUAUCAAGAAAAAUUCUUCAGUUGUGGCUACUACAAGGAGUAGGCAGCUCCUAUCCGAUUCUGGAGCCUUUGCAGACUGGGCUACGUCCUCUUCUUCCUCAGCCAUCCGUGCCGCUGGCCCGGACGACCUUUCCCUCGGCUUUAAUGCCGGCCCUACGGCCGCUGCCGCCGCAGCAGCUGCAGCUGCACCUGGGGGAGGACCCACCGGCCCAUCUUGGCCUAGCUCAGCCAGACAAAUCAACUAUGGGAUCACUCCCGAAAUGGGCAUGUUUGUUGUUGCUCCUGCUGCUUCCUUUAAUCACCACCAUCACCACCACCAGCAUCAGCACCUGCAUCAGCAUGAAUCGUCCAUUAAUCUUUCUGAUCCAAUCAAUGGCCCGAAUGCUGCUACCACUGCGCUUGGUGUCGGUAUGGGUGUAGGAGUUAUCCCACUUCUCACUGCCGCUCCGUGUCUGUCGCCGCAAAACAUGGAUGAUCAAGAUUUGUUGAAUAAUGGGCGCAACAAGAUCAGUGGAAUCCAGUUCUGGCAAAACCAGACUUCUAAUCACCAUAGCCAAUACAAUUUAAAGAAAACUUCGGCUUCGAUUCUUGACCACAAUAAUUCUUCAGGGAAUCUGCUUCAAAGCGGUAACAAUACAAGCUCUGCUGGUGGUAUUGGCGGUAAUUCCGCUUCAUCUGGCACAACAACUUGUCAAGAUUGUGGAAACCAAGCCAAGAAAGAUUGCAGCCAUAGGAGGUGCAGGACGUGCUGCAAGAGUCGUGGUUAUGAUUGCACUACUCACGUCAAGAGCACCUGGGUGCCGGCGGCUAGGAGGAGAGAGCGUCAGCUAAUGGCAGCUGCAGCAGGAGGUGGUGCUGGUUCUUCUGGGUCUACUUCCGGUGUCAAGAAACCUAGGCUCAUAAACUCACAAACCACCACUACUUCUCAUACUUCCACUUCUAACACUACUCCCCCAAGAAGCUUCGAUACGAGCUCCAGCCACCAAGAUGCAAGUUUUAAAGAUGCAUUGCCGGGGAAAGUACGUGCACCGGCGGUUUUCAAGUGUGUUAGAGUGACGGCAGUGGACGGUGGUGAAGAUGAGUAUGCUUAUCAGGCUGUGGUAAAGAUAGGUGGCCAUGUGUUUAAAGGGUUUCUUUAUGACCAAGGAGUUGAAGGAAGAGAUGGGUUCCCUAAUAUAUCCGAAUUGCAUUUGGGUGGUGGGAGCAGUAGUGGUGGUGGAGGUGACGGAGGAGGGAGGAACGGAGCCUCGUCUUCCCCGAUUAUCGAUCCGACAGAUGUUUAUGGUGCAUCCGGCGGAGGGUUGUUGGGAGGUUCAAGCUAUGGUAAUCCAAUAAAUUGAGGUUUACUUUCAAGGUUUAUGUAUUGACAUUAUUUUAUUAUAAUUUUCCUUAUGUCCACUAAUUACUAUUAAUAGGGUGUUGGUAAGUUGCUCUUCUAGAUUCCUGUCUUGUUGACAUGUCUUUGAAAUUCUCAGCCUCUUGCCUUUGUUUUCUUGUUCUUCGUGCCAAUUUUCCUUCUGUAAUUGCACUGAGAGGAGGAUCACCAAAUGCCAAAGGAGCUGCAUCUUCUCACUAUUAGAGUAAUUUCUGUACCAAAUUUUAGAAAAGAUAUAUAAUAAAAGGGAAAAAAAACCUGUUUUUCUUGAUAA